CCCACCCACGGCGACACCCCGCCCACUCGACGCCUACGCCACGCCCACGAGCGACCGAGGCCGCGCCCACAGCGCCACGUCUGGUGGUGGUAGUGGUGGAAAGCGGUAGGCGAUGUCCACCUCCUCCGUGUCCACCUCGUCCGUGUCCACCUCCUCCGUGACCCCCCCUGCUGCCGCUGUGUCCACCAGCAGCAGCGUGUCCACCGCCAUGGCCGCGUCCGUGGCUGGGGAUGGAGCAGCGCAGGGCGGUGGGAAUCCGAAUCCCCUCUCCCGGAAGCUCAACAAGAUCCUGGAGACGAGGUUGGACAACGACAAGGACAUGCUGGACGCUCUGCGUGCCCUCUCCGAGUUCUUCACGGACAACUCCCUGCGCUCGAGAAGGAGUCUCCGCGGGGACAUUGAGCGGCGCAGCCUCGGGGUCAACGAGCAGUUCGUGAGCGGCUUCCGCGAAGUCAAGGAGGACCUUGACAGCAUCAUCUCCGACGUCCAGGCCAUGGCCUCGUGCUGCCAGGACAUGACCUCGCGCAUCAAGGCAACCAAGGAGGAGACGCGCGAUCUCAUCGGGAAGACGACGAAACUUCAGGCUGAGAUGCAGCGGCUGGGCGUGCGAGCCCGAGUAGCAGACGCCUUCCUCUCGCGCUUUCAGCUCACGGCGGAGGAGGUUCGAAUCCUCCGCGGGUCCAGGGACUCCUCCAUCACCAUGGAAUUUUUCGACGUGCUGGCCCGGGUGAAGUGCAUCCACAGCGACGUCAAAGUGCUGCUGAGGACCAAUCAGCAGACGGCCGGCCUGGAGAUCAUGGAGCAGAUGGCUCUACACCAGGAGGCCGCCUAUGAGAGACUUUACCGCUGGGCCCAAGGGGAGUGCCGCAGCAUGACGCACGACUCGUGCGACGUGGCGGGCGUGCUCUCCCGCGCCGUCGGGGCACUCCAGGACCGCCCCGUGCUGCUCAAGUACACGCUGGACGAGUUUGGCACGGGGCGGAGGAGCGCGGUCGUGAGGGGCUUCAUCGACGCGCUGACACGGGGGGGGCCCGGCGGGACCCCGCGGCCAAUCGAGAUGCACUCCCACGACCCGCUGCGCUACGUGGGUGACAUGCUCGCUUGGCUGCACCAGGCGAGUGCCUCCGAGCGUGAGCACCUGGACGCUCUGCUCAAGGACGUCUCCACGCUGGGGACGGAGGAGAUGGUGAAGGAGAUGCUGGGUCACAUCACGGAAGGAGUUUGUCGACCUUUAAAGGUGCGCAUCGAGCAGGUGAUUCUGGCCGAGCCAGGAGCUGUGCUGCUCUUCAAGGUCUCCAAUCUGCUCAAGUUCUACAUCCAGACCAUCGGCGCGGUGGUGGGCUCUCUGGACGCGUCCCUGGUGGUGACGCUGGUGGAGACGGCCGACCUGAGCCGCACGAUGUUCUACUCCAGCCUGAGCACCCACUCGGCCAAGAUGCUGGACAAGGUGGAGUGUCCCCCUGCGGAUCUGUCCCCGCCGGUGGUGGUGGCCCAGACGCUGUCCCUGCUGAGGGACGUCCUCACCUCCCACGAUGCCUCCGUGGUGCCCCUCGACGCCCGGCAGGCCGACUUCCAGCAGGUGGUCUCGUGCCUGCUGGACCCUCUGCUCAACGUGUGCACCGUGUGUGCCAGCUCCCUGUCGGCCGUUCCCAUGGCCGUCUUCCUCGUCAACUCCCUCUACGCCAUGAGGGGGGCCCUGGCCCCCCACGAGUUCACCGAGCAGCGACUCGACCUCCUCCAGCUGCAGAUCGAGGCCCACCUGGACACGCUGGUGAACGAGCAGGCUUCGCUGAUGCUGACACGUGCCGGCAUGGCGGCCGUCUACAGCCGGGUCCAGCAGCACCGGCCCGAGCAGGGCCCCCUGUCUCAAAUACCGGGGAUGGAUGAGUCCUCUGUGAAAGCGGCCAUGGUCCAGUUCUCUCGGUACCUCUCAUCUCCUGACUCGCACACCCUCCCGCAGCUGCAGCUGCUGCACAGCUCCAGCCUCAAGGAGGUGGUCUGCGCGCGAGCCGCGGCGCUCGUGAGCACGGCCUACGCCGAGGUGUACGACGCGGUCCAUCGCCUCGACAGCCGCUACGGGGACGCCGUCACCGCGGCCGGCAUGCAGCCCACGCCGCAGCAGGUGCGGGCGCUCCUCCUGUGAGCCGGAGAGGCGCCGACACCGGCGCCCAGCGCCGUGGGCGGAAUCCACCGCCGCCACCGCCGCCGCCGCCGCCGCGGUGCGAAAUCCACCACCAACGCUGCUACCGGCGGAGUUUGCCGAGAGCGGUGGUGGUGGUGGUGGUGGUGGAUUUUGUCGGCCGUGGUCACCACCAACGUGAUUCACCACCACCGUGGGCUGACACCACCACCACCACCACCACCGGCA